AUCAUGAAACCAGAAUGGUGGCCCGGGGAGACCCAUGAAGUAUUCACCGAGUGGGCAAUCUCUCAUGGUGUAGAUAUUAAAGCGGUGACCCCAGCCCGAUUUCAAGGAAGUGGACUGGGAAUGAUGGCCACUCGGACUAUCAAAAAAGGAGAUAUUGUUCUUCGGGUGCCGACGCAGCUGAUGUUGACCGCGGAUAAAAUCCCUACCAACUUUACCAAUAAGUUCCCAGAGGAUAUCGCUGUGCAAGGAUUAUUGGCAGCAUAUCUCAUCCACGGCGACCCAGAACAGCUCUCAAAAUACGAACCGUGGCGCAAAUCAUGGCCUAGUCGACAAAGCUUCGAAGAAGGCAUGCCGAUUCUCUGGCCAUCAGCUCUGGGAGGGCCGCAUUGGCCCGCAAGCAAAGACGGCACCCCCGUUAAGCCAGAGCAGGCGAACUUUCUUCCUCCAUCAAUUUCAGGUCUCUGGCAUAGCUUACAGCCAGGCCCCAGAACUAAAAAAUACACCUUGGAUCACCAGAAUAUUCUCUCGGGGCAGAUUCAGCGCCUGGAAAAGGCAUGGACGGAUGUUACUUCUGUAUACCCGGAAACUAAUUGGGAAGAUCUCUCCUAUUACUGGCUCAUCGUCAACUCAAGGAGCUUUUAUUGGGUUGGCGAGGGACAGGAACCCCCGAAGACCCCAAUGAUGCGAUGGGAUUGGUACCUUUUGCUGAUUACUUCAACCACGCGGAUGUUGCGGUACGUGCUUCAUCAGAAUAUCCUGUGCUAUCAACUCAGCUCACACUAUUUCGAACAGAGAGAUGUCAAAUUUGACGUAGAUGAAUAUGUGUUCCGCGCUACGAAAGAUUAUGAUGAGGGUGAGGAGGUUUUUAUGAAUUAUGGCAGUCACCCGAAUGAUACAUUACUGGCGGAAUAUGGAUUCUUCUUGGACGCGAACGACGCAGAUUCGAUAUAUCUCGACGACAUUGUCUUCCGGGACCUUCAUGCCCCUGGGCAACAAGAGGAAUUGUGGUUGAAUCAAUAUUAUGGUAAUUACCAAGUCACACCCCAUGGACCCUGUUAUCGCACAGAGGUCGCCGCAUGUUUGAGUUAUAUGAAGGAGGAGGAUUGGCGAGACCAUGUUCUUGAAGGCCAAUCACAAGGAUUUGAUGAGAGUCUAUCUGAAGCCACCAUCAAGAGGUGGAUCUUGGCAUAUGCUGCAGAGGCAGAUGCGGGGAUUACCGCACUUCAGAAGGCCCUCGAGGUUAACACCGUGGUGCAACAACAUGGCUCAAAAGUUGAGAUACUGCUGAAACGAUGGAAGCAGAUAAAGGAGCUCUGCGAGCAUGCGGCCAAGACUGUCUCGGUAUGA